UUGUUAAUGGUUAGUAGAAUAACACAUACCGAUUAAGUCCUUUCAGUGUUGUAAAUAAUCACGUUCAGUUGAUUUUUCUUUCCGGUUAGCGUCAUGGGUAUCGACAUUAACCAUAAACACGAUCGCAAGGUUCGUCGUACAGAACCUAAAAGUCAAGAUGUAUAUCUUCGGCUAUUAGUAAAAUUGUACAGAUUUUUAGCUCGUCGUACUACAGCUAAAUUUAACAGAAUUAUUUUGAAACGUUUGUUUAUGAGUCGUAUCAAUCGUCCACCAAUUUCCUUGGCACGUGUUGUACGAUUUAUGAAGAAACCAACUCGUGAAGGUAGAAUUGCAGUCGUCGUAGGAACAGUUACAAAUGAUGACAGAAUAUGGGACGUUCCAAAACUAACAGUCUGUGCUUUACAUGUCACAGAAAAAGCUCGUUCACGUAUCAUUAAAGCAGGUGGUGAAGUAAUCACUUUUGAUCAAUUAGCACUUAGAUCACCAACAGGAAACAAUACUGUAUUAAUGCAAGGUAGACGUAAUGCCCGAGAAGCAGUGAAACACUUUGGUCCAGCACCUGGAGUACCACACUCGCACACUAAACCAUUUGUAAGAUCUAAGGGUCGCAAAUUUGAACGUGCUCGAGGUCGUAGACGUUCAUGUGGUUACAAAAAAUAGAUUUGUUAAGUUAUUUUCCAAUAUAUUACACCUUUGUAUUGUAACCUUUCAAUUUGCUGGUUUAAUAUAAAAAAAAUAUAUUUACCACAAAAA